GGGCGGAGGAGGGAGGAGCCAGAGCGGCCGCCGCCUCUGCCGGAGGAGCCGCGGGGCCGCCACACUCGCCCCCCCGCCCCCCCGCGCUCACUAGCUCUCACACCCGGGCGCUGGAGGCGGGCGGCCCGGGCCCCACCGGCCCCCCAUGGACGCCCCCGGCACGGGGCGCUGAGACCCCAGCGUCGUUGCCCAGCCCGGUCCAGCGCGCCACGCCGAGGGACUCUGGACAGGACAAGACUCCGAAGCUACUCCCCCUGCCCCUAAUCCAGGAUCCCCCACAAACCCUGCUUGUCCCCCAGCUCUCCUACCUGCCACUCCCUGGCCCCUCCCACCGCCUGCCCCCCUUGGGGUGCAGGGUAUGGUGUGAAAGGCCAAGUGCUGAGGCGGGUACCAUGGGUGCUGUGCCCUAGGGCCUGGGUGGCAGUGGGUGGGUGGCCUGUGGGUGUACCGGGGGGGCCACUGUGCCCACCCCAGUCUCUUGGCGUGCUGGAGGGCAUCCUGGAUGGAAUUGAAGUGAAUGGAACAGAAGCCAAGCAAGGUGGAGUGUGGGUCAGACCCAGAGGAGAACAGUGCCAGGUCACCAGAUGGAAAGCGAAAAAGAAAGAACGGCCAAUGUUCCCUGAAAACCAGCAUGUCAGGGUAUAUCCCUAGUUACCUGGACAAAGACGAGCAGUGUGUCGUGUGUGGGGACAAGGCAACCGGUUAUCAUUACCGCUGUAUCACUUGUGAGGGCUGCAAGGGCUUCUUUCGCCGCACAAUCCAGAAGAACCUCCAUCCCACCUAUUCCUGCAAAUAUGACAGCUGCUGUGUCAUCGACAAGAUUACCCGCAAUCAGUGCCAGUUGUGCCGCUUCAAGAAGUGCAUUGCCGUGGGCAUGGCCAUGGACUUGGUUCUAGAUGACUCAAAGCGAGUGGCCAAGCGCAAGCUGAUCGAGCAGAACCGGGAGCGGAGGCGAAAAGAGGAGAUGAUCCGAUCUCUGCAGCAGCGACCAGAGCCCACUCCUGAAGAGUGGGAUCUGAUCCAUGUUGCCACGGAAGCCCAUCGCAGCACCAAUGCCCAGGGCAGCCAUUGGAAGCAGAGGCGGAAAUUCCUGCCGGAUGACAUUGGCCAGUCACCCAUCGUCUCCAUGCCAGAUGGAGACAAGGUAGACCUAGAGGCCUUCAGCGAGUUUACCAAGAUCAUCACCCCGGCCAUCACUCGUGUGGUGGACUUUGCCAAAAAACUGCCCAUGUUCUCCGAGCUGCCUUGCGAAGACCAGAUCAUCCUCCUGAAGGGGUGCUGCAUGGAGAUCAUGUCCCUGCGGGCGGCUGUCCGCUAUGACCCCGAAAGCGACACCCUGACGCUGAGUGGGGAGAUGGCUGUCAAGCGGGAGCAGCUCAAGAAUGGCGGCCUGGGAGUGGUCUCCGACGCCAUCUUUGAACUGGGCAAGUCACUCUCUGCCUUUAACCUGGAUGACACGGAAGUGGCUCUGCUGCAGGCUGUGCUGCUAAUGUCAACAGACCGCUCGGGCCUGCUGUGUGUGGACAAGAUCGAGAAGAGUCAGGAGGCAUACCUGCUGGCGUUCGAGCACUACGUCAACCACCGCAAACACAACAUUCCGCACUUCUGGCCCAAGCUGCUGAUGAAGGUGACUGACCUCCGCAUGAUCGGGGCCUGCCACGCCAGCCGCUUCCUCCACAUGAAAGUCGAGUGCCCCACCGAACUCUUUCCCCCACUCUUCCUCGAGGUCUUUGAGGAUCAGGAAGUCUAAAGCCUCAGGCGGCCAGAGGGUGUGCGGAGCUGGUGGGGAGGAGCCUGGAGAGAAGGGGCAGAGCUGGGGGCUGAGGGAGACCCCCCAACCUCUUCUCUCCUUCCUCCCAUCCUUGGAUAGAUGCAGCUCCCAUACACCCCCGCACUGCCCAGGUCCCCCUCAGAACCUCCAGCCCUGAGACAGGGCAAACAAAUGAACUUGCUAUGAAAGGACAGUAUGGGAGGCUGGGACCGUGUCCUGCAGUUCCCGGGGCCCCAUCCUCUAAGAAGGUAGGGGAAGAGAACUAAGAGGGACAAGCCAUCUUGACUGUAGGGAAAGGAAGAAUGUGGGAUGGGGGAAGAUGCCCUCACUCCCCCCUACACACACAAGAGAUCCCCCACCCAGUUCCUUGGCCUAGGUUUCCCCUCCAGGCUAAGGGCCUCUACUUUCCCAAGAUGCCUGGGUGCAAAAAAAAAGACGGCUUGGCUUGGCUCCUCCCCUGGAG